AUGUUUCCCGUAUUUCAGGGCUGGAAGGUGAGAGUUUUCAGCGCAUUGAAACCUAUGUGGGCGCGUAUGAUCAAGCAUCGAACUGAGAGGUUGCACGUCGCUUCGAAUACUAGCUGCUUCGACCGCACCGCGGGUUCUGACUCGGACGACAGCUUAUCCCCCUCCGUUUUCGAGGCGCCUAAAAAAUACACCGGCGGUUCCGACUCGGACGACAAUCCGUCACCCUCCAUUUUCACUGAAGAUCUUCCUAUGAGAAUUCUUUCCCCUCCCCCUGCAUUCCUUUGGCUGACUCAUUCCUUCCCACCCUCCCGCUUUUCUCCCACUCCUUCCCUUCCCAUGGUGCACACACGCUCAUGCUCCAUUCCCCGCAACCCAUCCUUUCCCCGCUCCCCCUGCUGCAGCCACCGGUAUUCCCGAGGCGACUACCCCGGCACAGGGCCCACCACACCUGGCAACAGCACCUCCAAAAUCCACGCGCUUCUAUCGACCAACCGAUCAGGCUCGGGAUCCAGCCAAACCUCAGGCUCGUUCCCAAAGCGCCACGUCAGCGCGGGGGCUGCGGGUAACCGGAACAACGCGCCACUCCAAGCCGCGGAUGCUGGUGUCAACGCGGACGGCGUGCGCGUUCAGCUGUUUCCCGAUGGAGGCUGCGCGGGUGGGCGCGCGGAAGGUUGCGCGGGUGGGGGAGGGGAAGGUUGGGCGGACUUUGCUGCGUGGGAGAGUGGAGAGGGAAGAGGGGUGAGCGGAGAGGGGGCCAAGGAAAAUGGAAGGGGGCCAGGCGCGGAACUGAAGCCGCCCUCCCCGCGCCUUCACGCGCAGCAUUCUCCGCGCCCCCGGCCGCCUUCCCCCCGCCCAGCGUCUCCCCGCUCAGCGCAGCCAAACUCCCUGCAGAUUGGCGUGCGCCGCCUCCCCUCCCCCGCCGUCGGUCCCCCCGCGUUCCGCGAGGAUCCCCGCGGGUGCGCGCAGAGCCUCGGUGUGGUUGCGUGUGGCGAUGGGGGUGGCGGAAACGGCGUGAGCUCCCUUUCGCCCCGUCUACGUGGCAGCAGUUUAUUGGCUCCGCCGCUUGACGUGAGCACACUCAAACUCGGUGGGUUACAAACGAAUGAUCUGUCGUCGCCCCGUCAGAUUGACGGCAGCGGGUAUGUAACGCCACCUCAGCAUGACGUCAUCGACUGGGACAGCGCGAGCGGCGGAAGCGGCGGGAUUCCCUUCGGAGAGGAGAAUCUGGUCGCAGCGGCAGCGGCGGCGGCGGCGACAGUUGCGGCGGCCAAUGCUGGUGAUGACAUUCCUUGUAACGCGUAUUACGGUGCCAGAGGCGCCGCUGCUGCGGCCAACGGAUACGUACCCGCCCCCACGACACUGCCGGCUCGAAGGCCUAGUAUCGGGGCGCGCCAUAACGGAUCAUUCGGCGCGACGAAGCACGUCCAGCAACCGCAACAGACCCAGCAGCAGCAGCAACAGCAGCAGCAGCAAACGCAACAGCAGCAGCAGCAACAGCCCCACGAGUCGCACGAGCAGGCGCAGCAGCAGCGCAUCCAUCGCUCCAUUUCGCUCGGCGCUGCUGCGCUGGCAGCUGCUGAUUGGCUACGUUCCCCCGCGGGGGCAUCUCGGCGCGGAAGUGCCUCCCCUUCCGCCGUGCAUCCGCUCCCCCCUCCCCGCACCGCCACCAUCGGCGUCACUGGCGUAGGCGCAGUAGCGGGAGACCAGCGCGUGGAAGCUCUGGGCGAAGGGGCGCGCGGACAUGCGGCAGAGGAGGGGGAUGACGAGGCGUUGGCGGAAGGAACGGGGGAGGUUCUGCGGAGCCGCGUCCGUCGCGUUUAUAAUGCGGAUGACAGCAACGACGGUGACGAUGGCCCCGUUAUAAUGACGUGCAGGCUGUUUCCCAGAAGGAGCACGUCGCGUACGUCUCUUAACGGAGGUGGUAGUAGCGCGGGCAGCGUGAGCGGAGGGAGCGUGGGUGAAGGGAAAGACGACAAGUACAGCAGGAAACCGAAACGAAGCAUCUCUUGGGGGGGAUGGAUGAAGGCAGGGGGAAGCGGAGGGGGAAGCGGAGGGGGAAGCGGAGGGGGAAGGGAAGCAGAGAAAGGGGGAGAAGGGGCAGCGAAAGCUGGAGUGCUUGGGACGUUUGGUGGGACAAACAACAAGGAGGGGGAGCGGAGUGCUUAUAAACCUGACUCUCAGCAAAAACCGGUGCUCAACGGACGUAGUGAAGAGGUUCUUAACGCGUAUAAGGCCCUGACUCAGCAAUCUGCCUCGUGGAACCUUCUCAACGGCAGCAAUGACGUCACACCUGGUGCUGCUGGCGUCACAGCUCCUUCCACCCCUGCUCCCGGACCUGCUGCUGCUGAGGCUGCUGCUCUCGCUGAGGCAAGCGCCCGAGCCUGCCGGCUAGCCUUGGCAGCGGAGUCCGAAGCAGCAGUGAGCUUCUCUCAAGCGAUAAGCUUCGCAGGCUCGGAAGAGAACGACGCGAAUUGGAAGGGCGGGAUAGUCCAGAACGGCGAGUCGGGUCUCGGCGAAUCGCUGAGCGCCACGUGGCAUCGCAACCGCCUGCACGUGCUGGACGCGCCCACGAAUGACGCCCCAACGGAGUUGGGAUUCCCAGAAAUGACUUCACGUGAUUCGUCAAGCCUUGACCAGCUUGACCCUGUUGACUAUGUGGAACCAUCUACGGCCUAUCAACUCGCCACCGAUGGCUUGACGGCUGGGAUCGCGUCCCGUGAGCUGACGCAAGGAAAGGUUGCCGGAUCGAAUCCUGGUGGUGCAAACUUUGUUGCUGAGGGAGCAGCAGUGGAGGAGGACGACGAGAGAAGGGCAGUGGGGGAAACACAGGAGGAGGCUUUGUACCGGCAGCAGCAGGAGCAGCAGGAGCAGGAGGAGCGGGAGGUAGGGGGGGCGGGAAGCGGGCUGCUGCCUGUGCGGGACGCGUGCGUGUUCGACGCCGCGCGGGGCCAGUUCGUGGUCGUUGAACAAGCAACGCGUACACAGGGUUUCCGCUUCACCGCCGCCGACGCGUGGCGCCCUGCAACGGGUAUGCGGCGGAGAACUGGCGAUUGCCGUUUCGCUGUCGACGACACAUGCGCGAUCGUGCGCGCAGGCGGUUGCGACGACGGGGACCCUCGCACGCGCGACGAGUGCGACUGGAACGGCGCGUCGUUCACCAUCGCACGCGGCGGUGCGAUUGAAGCCGAGAUUGACGGGGCAACGGUGCAAGAUCCCGCUUGGGUUAAGCAACACGAGGGCGUAGGGGGUGGAGGAAGCGGGGGAAAUGGCGGAGACGGGGGAAAUAAGGGCAACGGCGGGAAUGGGGGAAUGAGGAGCGCAGUGGUCGCGGGUGAUGGGAUGAAGGCGCGGGCGCAAGUCGGGAGUGGAAUGGCGGGAAUGGCCAAGGACGGGGAGGGGAGUGCGGCGAACAUGGGAGGGAGUGAAAGCAAGUUCAAGCGGACAAUGGGAGGGUGGGGAAGCGGUGGGGGAAGCGGACAGGGGAGCGGAGGGGGAGGCGCAAGAGGCGGGGACGCAUCGAGUGCGGAAGGAGGAGCGGGGGGAGCAUUUAAAAGCAGCUCGAUGAACGCGGGGACGGCGGAGCUGACGAGCGGAACAGGCUUCUCCAGCAACGGGCAGACGUCGGGAUUCAAAUCCGCAGGAAACGGCCAGACCAAUCAGCUGACGAGUGGCACUGGCUUUCCCAGCAAUGGCCAAUCGGGAUUCAAAUCCGCGGGGCGCAGCAGCGGGAACGGCCAGACCAAUCAGCCGCAGCAGCCACAGCAGCAGCAGCAGCAGCAGCCGAGUCAGCAGUUGGUAUACAGCAGGCAGCAAGUUCCGGCGGGAGGCAAUCAGAUGAAAACGCGGUUGCCGGGCACGGGCGGCGGCAGCAGCGGUGGCGGAGGAGGGUCGAGGCCCAAUCCCGUAUUUUCUGGGCGCAACGGCUUCAAGGGCCGCGAUGGAAGGCCGAUCCCCGCGCCUCCAGCCCCUUCCUAUGAUCCAAACGACCCACUAACCCCUACCCCCAGACCAAUUCCGACCCCCGAACCUUACCCCGACCCUGACCCCGGGCCUGAUCCCGGACCUCUGCCAGAGUAUCCGGACGAUCCCCAGCCGAACCCCGCGAGCCCCGGGUAUUUCAGCGUUACGCAAUUCGGCGCGCAGACGAACGGAUGGGGGGAUUCCUCGUUGGCUUUCAGGCGCGCAUUCGCCGCGGCGUGCGGGUACGGCGCGCGGACGAGGCAGCGAGCCAUGGUGCACGUGCCGGGUAACGCGGUGUUCCGGAUAUUUCCGAUGGAGAUCCAAGGGCCGUGCGGCGCUGGACUGAUCGUUCGGAUCGAUGGGGCAAUUCAGGCGUUUUUCAACACGGCGGCGUAUCCGCGACCCGAGAGCAGCAAGACCUGGGCGAUGCUUGGAUUCGACGGAAUCGAUAACCUCGUCGUCGCGGGGAGCGGUUAUUUGGACGGCGCGGGGCGCGCGUGGUGGGGCCAGGGCAAGCGCCCCAUGCUCAUGCAUUUUUCGGGUUGCCGAAACUUGCUUGUAUCGGGGAUCACCUACAGGAAUCCUGGCAAGAUUCACAUGAAGGUGAAGACCAGCACGGGUGUGAUGAUCCGAGGCGUGCGCACACUGGCUCCCUGGAACAGCCCCAACACGGACAGCAUCAGCAUCAGCUCCUCGUCUAACGUCGUUGUCAAAGAUUCGAGGCUUGAAUCAGGUGAUGAUGGUGUGGCCAUAGUGGGCAUGACUCGCAACGUGCUUGUGGAGAAUAUCACGUGCAUCAAUGGCCAUGGCAUCAGCAUUGGAAGCUUGGGAGCAGAAGGGGCGUUAGGGUGCAUCCAGGGUGUUACAAUCCGCGAUGUGACAUUCCGGGGCUCCAACAAUGGCCUGCGCAUCAAGACAUACCAAGGCGGCGUGGGAAUGGUGUCCAAUGUCUCGUACGAGAACGUGCAAAUGACAGAUGUUACAUAUCCUAUCGUUAUAAACCAGUUCUACUGUGAUACCAAGAACGUAGAUGCCUCCAAAUGUGUGCCGCAACAAAACGCUGUUGCCAUCCAAGACAUCUCCUACAACAAUACCCUGACAAAACCUUAA